CUCUGCCUCACAUCACAUAGCAGGCUACCUGGGCUGGGUUAAAAGGAGAUGUGCCUGGGAAAGAAAAAUAUAUAUUUUUAAAAUGCAAGAAAGAAUAUCCACUUGGCUUAUCAAGGUUGCCUUUAUGUUAUUUGUCACAUACAUUACAUCCGUGUCAAGUGAUGCCACUACUCCCUCAACACCCACUUCAAGUGAUGGCACCACUGCCUCAACUACAUCAAUUGUCACUCCAAGUGAUACUACAUCAGCAGUCACAUCAAGUGAUGCCAUCACUCCCUCGACUACAUCAACAGUCACUUCAAGUGAUUCCACCACUCCCUCAACAGUCACUUCAAGUGAUGCCACCACCACCUCAACUAUAUCAACAGUCACUUCAAGUGAUUCCACCACUCCUUCAACUACACCAACACCCACUUCAAGUGAUGGCACCAAUCCCUCAACUACAUCAACAGUCACUUCAAGUGAUGCCACCACCACCUCAACUAUAACAACAGUCACUUCAAGUGAUUCCACCACUCCUUCAACUACACCAACACCCACUUCAAGUGAUGCCACCACUCCCUCAACUACAUCAACAGUCACUUCAAGUAAUGCCAUUAUUCCCUUAACUACAUCGACAGUCAAUUCUAGUUAUGCCACCACUCCCUCAACUACAACAACACCCACUGCAAGUGAUUCCACCACCACCUCAACUAUAUUAAUAGACACUUCAAGUGAUGCCACCAAUCCCUCAACAACAUCAACAGUCACUACAAGUAAUGCCAUUAUUCCCUUAACUACAUCGACAGUCAAUUCUAGUUAUGCCACCACUCCCUCAACUACAACAACACCCACUGCAAGUGAUUCCACCACUCCCUCAACUACAUUAACAGUCACUUCAAGUGAUUCCACCACUCCCUCAACAGUCACUUCAAGUGAUGCCACCACCACCACGACCUCAACUAUAUCAAUAGUCACUUCAAGUGAUGCCACCAUUCCCUCAAUGACAUCAACAGUCACUACAAGUGAUAGCAUCAUUCCCUUAACUACAUCAACAGUCACUUCAAGUGAUGCCACCACUCCCUCAACUGCAUCAACAGUCACUUCAAGUGAUGCCACCAAUCCCUCAACAACAUCAACAGUCACUACAAGUAAUGCCAUUAUUCCCUUAACUACAUCGACAGUCAAUUCUAGUUAUGCCACCACUCCCUCAACUACAACAACACCCACUGCAAGUGAUUCCACCACUCCCUCAACUACAUUAACAGUCACUUCAAGUGAUUCCACCACUCCCUCAACAGUCACCUCAAGUGAUGCCACCACCACCUCAACUAUAUCAAUAGUCACUUCAAGUGAUGGCACCAAUCCCUCAACUACAUCAACAGUCACUUCUAGUUAUGCCACCACUCCCUCAACAGUCACCUCAAGUGAUGCCACCACCACCUCAACUAUAUCAAUAGUCACUUCAAGUGACGCUACCAAUCCCUCAACUACAUCAACAGUCACUUCUAGUUAUGCCACCACUCCCUCAACAGUCACCUCAAGUGAUGCCACCACCACCUCAACUAUAUCAAUAGUCACUUCAAGUGACGCUACCAAUCCCUCAACUACAUCAACAGUCACUUCUAGUUAUGCCACCACUCCCUCAACUAUGACAAUAGUCACUAGAAGUGAUGCCACCACUCCCUCAACUACAUCAACAUCCACUUCAAGUGAUGCCACCACUCCCUCAACUACAUCAACAUCCACUUCAAGUGAUGCCACCACUCCGACAACUACAUCAACAGUCACUUCAAGUGAUGCCACCACUCCCUCAACUACAUCAACAGUCACUUCCAGUUAUCCCACCACUCCCUCAACAGUUACCUCAAGUGAUGCCACCACCACCUCAACUAUAUCUAUAGUCACUUCAAGUGAUGCCACCACUCCCUCAACUACAUCAACAUCCACUUCAAGUGAUGCCACCACUCCCUCAACUACGUCUACAGUCACUUCAAGUGAUGCCACCACUCCCUCAACUACAUCAACAGUCACUUCUAGUUAUGCCACCACUCCCUCAACAGUCACCUCAAGUGAUGCCACCACCACCUCAACUAUAUCUACAGUCACUUCAAGUGAUGCCACCACCACCUCAACUAUAUCAACAGUCACUUCAAGUGAUGCCACCACUCCCUCAACUACUUCUACAGUCACUUCAAGUGAUGCCACCACCACCUCAACUACAUCAACAGUCACUUCCAGUUAUCCCACCACUCCCUCAACAGUCACCUCAAGUGAUGCCACCACCACCUCAACUAUAUCUAUAGUCACUUCAAGUGAUGCCACCACUCCCUCAACUACAUCCACAUCUACUUCAAGUGAUGCCACCACUCCCUCAACUACUUCUACAGUCACUUCAAGUGAUGCCACCACUCCCUCAACUACAUCAACAGUCACUUCUAGUUAUGCCACCACUCCCUCAACAGUCACCUCAAGUGAUGCCACUACCACCUCAACUAUAUCAAUAGUCACUUCAAGUGAUGGCACCAAUCCCUCAACUACAUCAACAGUCACUUCAAGUGAUGCCACCACCACCUCAACUAUAUCAACAGUCACUUCAAGUGAUUCCACCACUCCUUCAACUACACCAACACCCACUUCAAGUGAUGCCAACACUGCCUCAACUGCAUCAACAGUCACUUCAAGUGAUUCCACCACCACCUCAACUAUAUUAAUAGUCACUUCAAGUGAUUCCACCACUCCCUCAACAGUCACUUCAAGUGAUUCCACCACUCCCUCAACAGUCACUUCAAGUGAUGCCACCACAACUACCUCAACUAUAUCAAUAGACACUUCAAGUGAUGCCACCAUUCCCUCAAUGACAUCAACAGUCACUACAAGUGAUAGCAUCAUUCCCUUAACUACAUCAACAGUCACUUCAAGUGAUGCCACCACUCCCUCAACUGCAUCAACAGUCACUUCAAGUGAUGGCACCACUGCCUCAACUACAUCAAUUGUCACACCAUUUGAUACUACAUCAGCAGUCACAUCAGGUGAUCCCAUCACUCCCUCAACUACACCAACACCCUCUUCAAGUGAUUCCACCACUCACUCAACUAUAUCAACAGUCAGUUCAAGUGAUUCCACCACUCCCUCAACAGUCACUUCAAGUGAUGCCACCACUCCUUCAACUACACCAACACCCACUUCAAGUGAUGCCACCACUCCCUCAACUGCAUCAACAGUCACUUCAAGUGAUUCCACCACCACCUCAACUAUAUUAAUAGACACUUCAAGUGAUUCCACCACUCCUUCAACUACACCAACACCCACUUCAAGUGAUGCCACCACUCCCUCAACUGCAUCAACAGUCACUUCAAGUGAUUCCACCACCACCUCAACUAUAUUAAUAGUCACUUCAAGUGAUGCCACCACUCCCUCAACAGUCACUUCAAGUGAUGCCACCAAUCCCUCAACAACAUCAACAGUCACUACAAGUGAUGCCAUUAUUCCCUUAACUACAUUGACCGUCAAUUCUAGUUAUGCCACCACUCCCUCAACUACAACAACACCCACUGCAAGUGAUUCCACCACUCCCUCAACUAUAUUAACAGUCACUUCAAGUGAUUCCACCACUCCCUCAACAGUCACUUCAAGUGAUGCCACCACCACCACGACCUCAACUAUAUCAAUAGUCACUUCAAGUGAUGCCACCAUUCCCUCAAUGACAUCAACAGUCACUACAAGUGAUAGCAUCAUUCCCUUAACUACAUCAACAGUCACUUCAAGUGAUGCCACCACUCCCUCAACCUCAUCAACAGUCACUUCAAGUGAUUCCACCACCACCUCAACUAUAUUAAUAGUCACUUCAAGUGAUGCCACCAAUCCCUCAACAACAUCAACAGUCACUAAGAGUGAUAGCAUCAGUCCCUUAACUCCCUCAACAGUCACUUCAAGUGAUGCCACCAUUCCCUCAAUGACAUCAACAGUCACUACAAGUGAUAGCAUCAUUCCCUUAACUACAUCAACAGUCACUUCAAGUGAUGCCACCACUCCCUCAACUACAUCAAAACCCACUUCUAGUGAUGCCACCACCACCUCAACUACAUCAACAUCCACUUCAAGUGAUGCCACCACUCCCUCAACUACGUCUACAGUCACUUCAAGUGAUGCCACCACUCCCUCAACUACAUCAACAGUCACUUCUAGUUAUGCCACCACUCCCUCAACAGUCACCUCAAGUGAUGCCACCACCACCUCAACUAUAUCAAUAGUCACUUCAAGUGAUGGCACCAAUCCCUCAACUACAUCUACAGUCACUUCAAGUGAUGCCACCACUCCCUCAACUACAUCAACAGUCACUUCUAGUUAUGCCACCACUCCCUCAACAGUCACCUCAAGUGAUGCCACCACCACCUCAACUAUAUCAAUAGUCACUUCAAGUGACGCCACCAAUCCCUCAACUACAUCAACAGUCACUUCUAGUUAUGCCACCACUCCCUCAACAGUCACCUCAAGUGAUGCCACCACCACCUCAACUAUAUCAAUAGUCACUUCAAGUGACACCACCAAUCCCUCAACUACAUCAACAGUCACUUCUAGUUAUGCCACCACUCCCUCAACUACAUCUACAGUCACUUCAAGUGAUGCCACCACUCCUUCAACUACAUCAACAGUCACUUCAAGUGAUGCCACCACUCCCUCAACUACAUCUACAGUCACUUCAAGUGAUGCCACCACUCCCUCAACAGUCACCUCAAGUGAUGCCACCACCACCUCAACUAUAUCAAUAGUCACUUCAAGUGACACCACCAAUCCCUCAACUACAUCAACAGUCACUUCUAGUUAUGCCACCACUCCCUCAACUACAUCUACAGUCACUUCAAGUGAUGCCACCACUCCUUCAACUACAUCAACAGUCACUUCAAGUGAUGCCACCACUCCCUCAACUACAUCUACAGUCACUUCAAGUGAUGCCACCACUCCCUCAACUACAUCAACAGUCACUUCAAGUUAUGCCACCACUCCCUCAACAGUCACCUCAAGUGAUGCCACCACCACCUCAACUAUAUCAACAGUCACUUCCAGUUAUCCCACCACUCCCUCAACAGUCACCUCAAGUGAUGCCACCACCACCUCAACUAUAUCAAUAGUCACUUCAAGUGACGCCACCAAUCCCUCAACUACAUCAACAGUCACUUCAAGUGAUGCCACCACUCCCUCAACUACAUCAACAUCCACUUCAAGUGAUGCCACCACUACUUCAACUACGUCUACAGUCACUUCAAGUGAUACCACCACUACUUCAACUACGUCUACAGUCACUUCAAGUGAUGCCACCACUCCCUCAACUACAUCAACAUCCACUUCAAGUGAUGCCACCACUCCCUCAACUACAUCUACAGUCACUUCAAGUGAAGACACCACUCCCUCAACUACAUCAACAUCCACUUCAAGUGAUGCCACCACUCCCUCAACUACAUCAACAGUCCCUUCAAGUGAUGCCACCACUCCCUCAACUACAUCCACAGUCACUUCAAGUGAUGCCACAACUCCCACUGCUACAUCGACAGUCACAAGUGAUGUCACUACUCUAAGACCAAUAAUGCCAUCAACAAGUGGUACUACUACAGUAAUAACAAGAACCUCAACAUUUGUAGCAGUAUCCACUCCCUCAACUCCCUCACAGGGACUAACUUUCAGAGACACUACUUUGGUGACAACAAUGAAAACCACUGUUGCAGAAUGCGUGUCAGAAACUCUGGUGAAUGUCAUCAGGCUGGAGAAUAUCACCAGUAAGUUAAUCAGUGUGAGUUGGACAGGUAUUAACCUGGACCAGCAGAUACAGUACAAAGUGAAGCUGGAGUCUGGUUCCAACUCAAGCCAGAGUGAGACCUCAGCCACCAAAGCUGUUUUCUCAGACCUUACUCCUGGAACCAUGUACACUCUGAUUAUUGAGUACUUAUCCUGCAGUAUCAAGAAAUACAUUUCAGCAAACAUAAUCACUGCUGGAAAGGUCUAUGAAUCUUUCACUCGAAUUCCAGGCAGAGAUUUUGUGUCUGAUUAUACAAAUCAAUCCAGCAAACUUUACAAAGACUUUGUGACAAAUUUCACCAUGCAGGUUGAAAACAAUCUCCCGAAAGAAUACCAGGACCUUAUCAGAGAUAAAGAAAUGGUGAUUGUUGUGACUGGUGUUCGCAGAGGAAGUGUGAUCGUUGACUUUGAUCUGGUCACUGCUCUGGAGGUCAACCUGUUAACCUCUGACGUGCAGAACAGCGUCAUCAAUGCGCUGAAAUCAUCUGCACUCGGAGUGGAUCUUAAUAUCACCUCUGUAAAAGAGGCAGAUAUCUGUCAAAGAGGCAGUUACACAUGCUCAAAAAAUGCCAGCUGUGUCAGAGAGGGACCUUCACAUACAUGUGAAUGUAAGGCAGGAUUCUACGACGAAAACCCAACCGUACCGGGUACUGACUGCAAGAGAGUUUCCCAGAUAUCAACGGCCCCGGGAGAAGGCUGGAAAGUGGCGACCAUAGUCCUGGGAGUUCUGCUGGGCUUGAUUUUGUUAGUCGGGGUUGUCGUUCUGAUCAGCACCGCAGUGAGGAAAGCAACUAGCAAGCUGACCUCAUACAACCUCCAGCACACAGAGCACAACAGACAGGUGGUGUCCAAUGACUAUUUACAAGGAUGUUAUUCUUACCAGAUCAAAAAUAUCAAGAUAUUGAAAAUUAAUAACAUUUGAAUUAUAUAUUUUGAUAGACAAAAGUAUCAGCUAUCACACCAUGUAAAGGAACAACAUCCUAAUUCUUUAAUUGUUUUAUAAAAUGCAACUGGAUUGAUGUCAACUCCGUCAGACAAAUAUUUAUUAUCCAACAAGUGUUAAAUAAUGGCCUUGAUUGUUUAAUUCUAACAUUAGAUUAUUCAAAUAUGAUAUGAUAAUGCUCCACGGCUAAUUUCGUUAGCAUUUUGACAUGUUUUUCUAGAUUCAGAACAUAAAACAACAUUUAGAAGCAAACAAUAACCCUUAGGUCUAACACAGCAAAUAAGUCAGUAGUUUAAGCAUAUGUUGCAACAAUGUUAAAAUAUUUUUUUCUGAAUAUUGACAUAAAGAUCGAUAUUAAGAGGUUUAGCCAUCAGUGAGUUGACAAGCCAUUGGCAAGGCUGACAACAAAUACUCAAAACAGCCUCUAAAAAUAAAUGUUUAAUACAAACACUUGUAAAAAAUAUAACCAUUCUGUCAGAUCUUUCAGCACUCUGACGAAGUAGACUUUAGACAAAAAUCUGACGGAGUUGAUGUUUUACGGAGUUGACAAAAAUAAAAUAUUUCUUCUUCAAUCAAGUAAUAUGCAAAGUUUAUCCUCAGUUUCUUUAUGACUCUAAAACCUAAUCAUAUAAUGUCCUAUCUUAAUCUAUUUGGCAGAUGGAGUUGACAGUUUAUGAUUGUGACAAUGGUGAUUUUAAUAUUGUUUGUUUAAAUCUAUCAAAAGGAGAGAACUUUACAGACCAUGAGUUGUCAUGUUGCACUACAGGUAAUGAGGACAUGAAGAAGGUGUCCUGAUGGUGAAGCUGUCCCUGCGGCAGGGGCGGCAGGGUAGCCUAGUGAUUAGAGCACUGGACUAGUAAACGGAAGGUUGCAAGUUCAAACCCCCGAGCUGACAAGGUACAAAUCUGUUGUUCUGCCCCUGAACAGGCAGUUAACCCACUGUUCCUAGGCUGUCAAUUGAAAAUAAGAAUUUGUUCUUAACUGACUUGCCGAGUUAAAUAAAUAAAGGUAACAUUAAUGAUUCAUUUAGGAUUUUAGACAAAUCUGCCAAUGUUGACCAAAUCUCCUAGUUUUGAGAGAAAUAUUCUUUAAAGUCAGAGAGUGGUAUUGGAUAUUUUUUCAGUCAGUAUUCAUUAUUGCUUGUUUUUAAAAAUGUUAAACACUUUUUUGGAGAGUUUGAAAUUGGGAUCCUUUGUAAGGGCAUGUCACGUUCUGACCUUAGUUUCUUUUUAUGUCUUUGUGUUGGUCAGGUUGGUCAGGGCGUGAGUUGGGGUGGGUAGUCUAUGUUCUUUUUUCUAUG